GCUUUGCCCCGCGGGUUCCGCCCGAGGCGCCGUGCCGGCCCUGCGGAGCGCUCCGACAUGCGGCCCGUGCGCCCGGCGGCCGCGCUGCCGGUGCUGGCCGGGCUGGCCGUGCUGGCCGUGCUGGUGACCGCCGCCCUCCUCCUGGUGCUGACCGCGUCCCGGGACCGUCCCGUCAGGAAGAAAUACGGCCUGGUGUUCGACGCCGGCUCCACGCACACGGCUCUCUACGUCUACCAGUGGUCUGCAGACAAGGAGAACGGCACGGGCAUCGUCUCCCAGGUGGAGUCCUGCACUGUGAAUGGAUCUGGCAUUUCCAGCUAUGCAGAUAACCCCGCUGGAGCUGGAGCCAGCCUGAAGCCCUGCCUGGCCAAGGCCAUGACAGUCAUCCCUGCGGAGCAGCAAGGGGAGACACCCACCUACCUGGGGGCCACAGCGGGCAUGCGGCUGCUGAGGGAGCAGAACAGCACAAAAGCUGAGCAGGUCUUUGCUGAGGUCAGCAAGGCCAUUCGUGAGUUCCCUGUGGACUUCCGCGGAGCUCAGAUCCUCACCGGGAAUGAGGAGGGCUCCUUCGGCUGGAUCACCAUCAACUACCUGCUGGAGACACUUAUCAAGUACUCCUUCACAGGCAAGUGGACCCACCCACCAGUGGAGAACGUUGUCGGAGCUCUGGACCUUGGUGGGGCUUCAACCCAGAUCACAUUUCUUCCUGGGACCACAACUGAUGACAAGAACACAACAAGAGCCCUCCUCAGACUGUAUGGGACCGACUAUUCAGUUUACACCCACAGCUACCUCUGCUAUGGAGAAAAGGAAGUCCUGAAGAGACUCUUGGCAUCUUUACACAAGGACGGCUUGUAUGUCCAGAAUAUAUCACACCCCUGCUACCCCAAGGGAUACCAGGAGAACAUCACCAUAGCAGAGAUCUACGACAGUCCCUGUGUCCCCACCCCAAGCAUGCUCAGCCCUGCACAGAUCCUCACAGUAACAGGGACAGGGAACCCAGCGGCGUGCCGCACUGCCAUCCUGAAGCUCUUCAACUUCACCUGUGGGGCCAACAGGACGUGUGGCUUCGACGGGGUCUAUCAGCCGCCCGUGCGGGGACAGUUCUUUGCUUUUUCAGCAUUUUAUUACAACCUCCACUUCCUGAACCUGACUGAAGAGCAGUCCCUGAGUUCCGUCAAUGACACUGUCUGGAAAUUCUGCUCCAGAAGUUGGAUGACGUUGCAGAAGGACUUUCCCACCAGGAACAGGAUCCACCUCCGCGACUCCUGUGCAGCCAGCUCCUACGUCCUCACCCUCCUGCUGCAAGGCUACAAAUUUGACGACAGGACAUGGCUCAACAUCCACUUCCGAAAGCAGGUCUCAAAUGUGGAUGUUGGCUGGACUCUGGGUUAUAUGCUCAAUCUAACCAACAUGAUUCCCUCGGAGACCCCCCAGAAAGUUGCAUGGCUCCCAAAAAGCAGAUGGAUAGCAGCCACAGUCAUACUGGCCACCACAGUCAUUCUCAUCUUCUGCCUGAUCGUGGCCGUGUGCUACUGGAAGGACUCUUCUGGCUAUGAGAGCCUCUAGCAGUGCUGGCUUCAGAGGCUGCUGCAGCUGCCUGGUGCUGCUGAUGCCAAACUUGUGUGAGCACCUGCCAUUGGGGGAAUCACCCCCAUGUCCUGGAGCUGCAAACUUGUAAUGUAGGGAACCUGGCCUGGUGAGCUGGGAGCAGCACAGGCCUUACAAAAACCUCCCUGUAACUGUG